UAAAUUAAAAAAAAAAAAAAAAAAAGCUAUGGCUUACCGAAGCGUUAAAACCCUUAGCUGACAACUGCUUAGCGGUUUCUUCCUCAUAUCAUAUCUCUUUGAUUUUCUUAGCUCAUUUCUAGGGUUUCUCAGUAUUUCAAAUACUAUUCUCUCUCUCUCUCUUUCUUUCAUUUUCUCGAGAAACAAACAGAUACACUCAACUCAAGGAUGAAGACGACUACUCAAUCAAAGAAAGAACCAAAAUCAAUUUGAAAAAAAAAAAAAACAGAGGACCAAUCUACCAAGAUCCGUGAACUGUUCCAUGACCACAAACAAUGCUUGCUUGAUAUUGAACACACUCAGAUGAAAGGGUUUUAGGUUUUUCGUUGAUUUUGUAACCGUUGAUUUUUUUUGUUGAGAAUGGAGAGGUCUAGAUCUAAGAGGUACUACUAUAAUGACCAAGACUAUGACUCUGAGACUGUUGGUAGAACCAGACCAAGGUACAACCACCAUUACGGGAACAACAAUAAUAAUAAUCAUCGUCACCGUGGUAACGCCGGAGGUGGUGGAGGUGGUGGAAGGACUCCUAAGCCACCUCAGUCAGACCAAUCUCUUACGGUGACCACUAGUUAUCGAAUCCUUUGUCACGAUAUGAAGGCCGGUGGUGUAAUUGGCAAGUCUGGUAGUAUUAUAAAGUCGAUUCGACAACAUACCGGGGCGUGGAUCAACGUUCACGAGCUUAUGCCUGGUGAUGAAGAGAGAAUCAUCGAGAUUUCCGAUACUAGGCGGCGAGACCCUGAAGGACGAAUGCCGAACUUUUCUCCUGCUCAGGAAGCUUUGUUUUUGAUCCAUGAAAGGAUUCUUGAGACUGAUAUUCCUGGUUUUGGUGGUGGAGAGGAAGAGGAUUAUGGCGGAGUUAGAGGUGGUGGUGGGAAUCGGGUGACGACUAGACUGGUUGUGUCGAGAAUGCAUGUGGGUUGUUUGCUUGGAAAAGGAGGGAAGAUAAUUGAGCAGAUGAGGAUGGAGACUAAGACUCAGAUUAGAAUUUUGCCUAGAGACAGUAACUUGCCUCGAUGCGUUUCAAUGUCGGAGGAGAUUGUUCAGAUUUUAGGUGAUGUCAAUGCUGUAAAGAAUGCAGUAGCAAUAAUUUCAUCACGGUUGAGGGAGAGUCAGCAUCGUGACCGUAGUCAUUUCCAUGGGCGAAUGCAUUCCCCAGAACGUUUCUUUUCUCCUGAUGAUGAUUUUGUUCCACAUAUGAACAAUGCAGGUCGUCGGCCACCUAUGGAGGGGCCUGGUUUUGGAUCUCGCUUACCUGCCUCCAAUAACAGAGGAAACAAUUAUGGUCCCCGCCCAUCUGGUUUUGCAAAUGAAUCCGGGUCUGGCCCCAUGGCUGACAAUAUGCAACAGCCCUUCUAUAAUGAGGAUCUUGUGUUUCGAAUACUUUGUCCAAUUGACAAGGUUGACAGUGUUUUUGGAGAGUCUGAUGGGAUUAUAGAUCUGCUUCAAAAUGAAAUUGGUGUGGAUGUUAAAGUUACUGACCCGGUGGCUGGUUCAGAUGAACAGAUUAUUAUCAUUUCAUCUGAGGAGGGCCCUGAUGACGAGCUCUUUCCAGCUCAGGAAGCUCUGUUGCAUAUUCAAACUCGCAUUCUUGAUCUUAUUCCUGACAAGGACAACAUUGUAACUACUAGAUUGCUUGUUCCCUGUGGUGAUAUUGGUUGUUUAGAGGGAAGAGAUGGAUCCUUGUCAGAAAUAAGAAGGCUAACUGGUGCCAAUAUACAAAUUUUACCUAGAGAUGAACUUCCUACAUGUAUAUCAGGAAGUGAUGAACUCAUACAGAUAGUAGGAGAGAUAAAAGCAGCUCGAAAUGCCCUUGUUGAAAUGACAUCAAGACUUCGAAGUUACCUAUAUAGGGAGUUCUUUCAAAAGGAUUCGACACCACCUUCUGUCUCUGUAUCUGGCUCUUUUGGUAAUGCUGUGGGAUGCGAGAGCUCCUCUCCUGGUGGUAGAACUCCAGUUCGCGAUAAUCUUACUGCAAGUGAUCCGUCUACGACUAGUUAUCAAAAUGUUCAAACUGUGAUAGCAGCACCAGCAGUGAAGGAGACUGGAAUUGAAACAACAAAGCAGAAUGAGAAUGAUCGUCGUGAAGACACUCCUAGUGGUUUGAAUAGAAUCUCGGUACCUCUUGUUACGAGGAGUACAAUUGAAGUUGUCAUACCGGAACCUGCAGUUCCAAAGCUCAUAACAAAAUCGAAAAACAAGCUUGCCAUGAUUAGUGAGUUAUCAGGAGCCAAUGUAACCUUGUUAGAAGAUAGACCAGAGUUGACCCAAAAGAUCAUUCAAAUAUCAGGUGCACCCGACCAAGUAGAGAGAGCACAGAGCUUGAUCCAAGGCUUUAUUUUAAGCACACAAGAAGACGGCCCGUAAAUCGUGGCAAGGCAAAAGUUGAUGAAGCUGGGAUUUUGAUGGUACUAAGCUAUGACCUAUUCUAGCAUGGUUUUCUUUCUUUUCUAUCUAAGAUGCAUGUUCUUAGAAAGAAUAGGAUUUUGUUCCAUCCAUUUGAUAAGCAGAUUAUAGUUAAAAUUAGUAUAAAUUCACAUGUAAAUAUGUCGUCAAAGCUAUCAUUUUCUGUUUAUUGUAAUUGUUUCUUUUUCAUGUAUUUAGAAACACUAUCCAGUUUCAUUUUUCCAUUUCCAAUUUUUGUUCCGUUGAUCCAUUUCUCAACGGAACAUAA